AGCUAUUAUAUGGGUGUUAAACAUGGUCGCCGAGGAUUGGCUGAAACUGAAAAGCGAGCAGGAGCGAGACACGAUGAUCAGGAGAGCGCAGACCGCGCGUAUAAUUAUCACGUGCGGAUACGGCGCGAUGAUGAUAGCCUUUGUCUUAGUCGCCGUUUUGCCUAUUUGCGGGAUUUCGAUGAGAUAUCUGACGAACAUCACCGAUACGGGCAGGUUGCUGCCGUUGCAGACGUAUCACGUUUACGAUGUGAUGAGGAGCCCGCAAUACGAAUUAACGUUCGUCCUUCAGAUAAUUUCUAUGUUUUUCGCCAUCAUGUCCUAUACCGGUAUCGAUAAUUUUCUCGGGCUACUGGUGUUCCAUAUCUGCGGUCAAUUGGAGAUUCUAAGAAAUCGUAUCGAGCAUGUGGACAAAAUCGAUUUUCACAACAUGCUGAGAAGCAACGUGGAAGACCACACACGGUUACUUAGAGCCAUUGCCGUUAUAGAAGAUACAUUUAAUAUAAUGCUUCUUGUACUAUUUUUAUAUUUUGGUAUACUUUUUGCUUGUUACGGAUUCUUGAUAAUGAGCUUAAUAGAGAAAGGUAACGAUAUAUUGAUCAGCCACUUGGUGUACGAAGUAUGCAUUGUUAUCAACACGUUCGGUCACAUGUGCCUUUAUUGCGCCGUAGGAGAAAUUCUAGUAAUUCAGUGCGAUCGAAUCCAUUACGCUGUGUACAAUUACAAAUGGUACAUUCUAGAUCCAAAGAACGCGAGAGGCUUAAUCCUCUUGAUGAUUAAAAGCAGUAAACCAAUCUAUCUCACCGCCGGCAAAGUAUUCCCUAUGACAAUGGCUACAUUUUGUAACCUAAUAAAAACGUCAGCCAGUUAUAUAUCUGUCCUCCUUACAACAAAAAGUUAAUUAAAAAUUUAAAAGUUUAAAAUAGAUUCAAAUUACUUCUGAUGUUAUAUAAUUAGCAAUAGAUGGAUUUUGCAACUAGUAAUAAACAGGUGAAUAUUAAUUUCUACAGAAUAAUUAUAUUUAGACAUACGAUUAAUAAUAUUUAUGUUCAAAUAAAAUAAAUUAUAUACAAAAAAAAAUCUUCUAAGCUUAUAAGAAGAACUGUAGCCAAUAUCUACAUAAGCUGUUUUUUCAAUAUGUAUUAAGAUAUUCCAAUGGGGAAGUAUUACUUAUUUUGUUACAUCUCAAUAUUGAGAAAACAAUUGUAAACUAUUGAUAUAAAGUAUAAAGAG